AUGGCGCGGGCUGCCCUCGCUGGCCUAGCCACAGGGGUCCUUGCGGACCAGCUGCGGCGUCAUUGGGUUUCUGGGACCGCCCGGUAUACCCGGUGCGAAGCGAGCGACAGGCGCUUUGAGCUGGUGUCAAAGGAGAAAUACCUGGAAUCGAAGAAGGCAGCAUCGACGACUUACUUUCAGGUGCCGGGAGGCAUGAGAUGCUGCGACCUGAAGAUCGGAUCCGGGGAAGAGGUCGCCGAGAAGGGCUGGCUCGUUUGCAUCCACUUCGAAGGAAAGUGGCUCAACGGCAAGGUGAUCGAGUCUUCCUAUAAUGCCGGGCCGAGUCCACUAUGCGUUGAGGCCGGGAACUCACCCGAAUUUCCAGCACUCGGCGAAGGGGUGCUGGGCAUGCGCUCAGGAGGGCGACGGGAGCUCAUCAUCCCGCCCAGCAUGAACCGUGCCGGUGUGGAGGAGGUGAUGAUUUACGUAGUCGAAGUGGCGAGUGUUGCGCAGCCAGCCUCUGAGGGAACUGUGCAUCAGCACGAGAGACCACCGCAGCACGCGAACGAGGACAUGUUCUCCAGCGUACCCUGCCCGCAACACGGGAAGGACCAGAGCAGGGGCAUGGCUUCUUUCCAUCGGGCACCUAAGUCAAACCUCAUUGGUGCAGUCAGCCGCGUUCGGAACAAUUUAGCAAUGAGUACACACCGCUUCUUCCAAGACCGAGGGUUCUUGUAUGUGCACACCCCCAUUAUCACCACGGCAGAUUGCGAGGGAGCUGGUGAGAUGUUCCGCAUCAGUGCUGAGAAGGGAGAGGAGGCGGUUGAAAGCAAGGCGGCAACGGACGGGGCGGAGUUCUUUGGUCGGGCAGCAUAUCUUACGGUCAGCGGGCAGUUGGCAGUGGAAAACUUCUGCUGCGGGCUGGGUGAUGUUUACACCUUUGGCCCUACUUUCCGCGCUGAGAAUUCCAGCACUACUAGGCAUCUGGCCGAGUUCUGGAUGAUCGAGCCAGAGAUGGCCUUCGCCAACUUGGAGGACGACAUGGACUGCGCGGAAGCUUUCAUCAGGUUCUGUGUGUCCAAUGUCCUGGAGUCUUGCAAGUCUGAUGUCGACUUUUUCAACCUGCGGGUAGACAAGGAGAUCCAGGAGAGGCUGGAGCUGAUUGCUUCCAAGCCCUUUGCCCGCAUGAGCUACACGGAGGCAGUGGAGGCAGCCGGGCGGCUGGGUUCUGUUCCGACGGUUGCGGUCUUGCAAAAGCACAUCAAAGCCGGGGACGUGAAGUUCGAGUUUGAAGUCGAAUGGGGCAAGGAGCUUCAAACGGAACACGAGAAGUUCCUCACCGAUGAGGUGUGCAAAGGUCCCUGCAUCGUCUACAACUAUCCCAAGGACUGCAAGGCUUUCUACAUGAGACUCAAUGAGGAUGGCAAGACGGUGGCUGCCAUGGACCUUCUGUGCCCAGGAAUUGGAGAGCUCGUAGGAGGUUCACAGCGUGAGGAGCGGAUUGAAGUCCUUGACGAUCGAAUCGCCGAGUGGAAGCCCAAGUCUGGCCAAGAGAAACUGCAACGAAGAUGCAAACGGCCCAAUGCCUCCAGCAGCCCAUCGUCUCCUCCACAUGAGUGCAUGAGGGCAGUGGACAUCCGGCCCUGGUGCGAGCUGCUGGUUGUCUUGCUGUGCCUGAAUGUGUUUCGCGGUGUGACUGCUGGACUUUCCGACAGCUGCACAGGGCGCUGCGACGUACUCCAGCCUGGUGCCGACUGCCAAUGCAUCAGCUGGUGCCGGCAGAUGGGUGAUUGUUGUUCGGACUACGACAGCUGCCACAGUGCGAGAGCAAGUGCUCUGGAAACCACCGUCCAGUGGCCAAGCCGAGAACGCGAGGAAACCACACCCGCAACAUCGGCACCAGCUACAACAUGGGCACCAGCCACAACGCAGGCACCGGCCACAACAAGGGCACCAGCUACAACGACUGAAGAGGAAACCUUUCUGCAUUACAUGCCUGACACCACGGUGACGACCCUCACCAUCACUUCGACUUUGCCGCCGACAACGACGCCGACUACACUCACAAGCACCACAAUCACAACCAUCACCUCCACUUCCGUUACGACUGUUACGACUACGACAGUGACGACAACCACAGUUACAGUUUCUUCAGUCACAGAGACGACUACGGCCACCAGAACUACGGUGACGGCAACGCGCACCGCGACGAGCACAAGCAUCACCACGACCACCGUGACGACGCUGACCACGACCAUGACCGCGACGUCGACAUCACACACCCGCUCAACUACUGCCACAUCAACAUCAAAGACCCGCUCAGUGACCGUAACGUCGACAUCGGAAACUCGCUCAGUGACCGCAACGUCGACAACGUACACCGGUUCAGUGACCGUAACAUCGACAUCAGCCACCCGCUCAGUUACCGCAACAUCAACGUCAGACACCCGUUCGCGAACGACCACAACCAUGACACGUAGCAUCACUGAGACAGCAACCACAUCUACGAUAUCGACGACGACGUUAUCAACAACUUUAUCUACGACGACAUUGUCAACCACGUUUUCAACUACGACAUUUUCAACUACGACGUUGUCAACGACUAAAGUGGCAUCAUCGAUCGGGGCCGGAGCAACUACGCCCAAAACAGUGAAGCCUGCGGCGAAGCCAUCCUCGCAGGUGGCGUCAUUCGCAAACCUUGUGGUCAGCGGGGAGAACUGCCAGAUGGGUCUUGAGGAAACCAAGGUGGAGGUGGAGGUUGGUGGGACCACUCGAAGUGCGCUGUUAUCCCUUCCUUCGGCCGUGUUUGCCGGGAAGCUCCCACUAUGGCUGGUCUUUCAUGGGACCGACGGCCAGGCUACGGACUUUCUGCGUUACUCAGGCCUGGAUGACUUCUCCCGAACAAAUCAUGUCGCCCUCGUGGUUCCGCAGGCGCUGCCGAACUCCGACUUCUAUGGGCAGUCGCAGUUCAAUGUUGGUUUGCACAGUCAGCGGGAGGAUCGACAGGGGGUCCACGACGUGGAGUUGACGCGAGCUGUGUUGGAACAGGUCAUGCGGCUGCCAUGCAUUGAUGUUCAGCGCAUCCACUGUACUGGCUACUCCAACGGAGCCCGUUUCUGCAUACGGCUUGCAUCCGAACUGCCGGGUCUCAUUGCUUCAGUUGCGCCCAUAUCAGGACUCCGGUACCCGAGCCCGAACAAUGCAAGCAGAGCCAUUCCCAUUCUAGCCUUUCAUGGGGAUGCUGAUCCAGUCAAUCCCUGGGGAGGGCAUGGCCUGGGCUAUUGGCAGUCCUCGGUUCCUGCAUCCCUGCAGAGAUGGGCCAGGUUCAAUCGCUGCAGUCUUGCAGAGUGGCCUCCAAGCUUCAGAGAGCAUCAAGGUUUCGCCGUGGCUUCGUACGAGGGCUGCCAGGACGAUGCGACUGUGAAGCUUAUCCGACUGCAUGGAGCCGGCCACCAGUGGCUCAAGACCGGCUCUACUAGCUGA